GCAGCGUGUAGCAAUGUGUUUUCAUUUUGCACGUGUGUUUGGUUCUUUGAAUUACCGGUAAUUAAUUAAGAGUAUAUUCGUCUACACGUUUCGAAGAGCUUCACGAUGGCUAGUCACGACGUUUCGGCUGUGAAGAAAGUAGGCGAGAUUUUAUGCAAUCCUCAAAAUCCCCUGAAGCAAAGAUUCAGGGCGCUUUUCACGCUAAGAAACCUAGGAGGCAGUGAAGCAAUCGACUGUAUAUCAGCUUGCUUUGAGGAUACGUCGGCCCUUCUGAAGCACGAGCUUGCAUACUGCCUGGGACAGAUGAAGGAUCCCUAUGCAAUACCCGUCCUUGUAAAAAUUUUGGAAGACCGAGAGGAAAAUUCCAUGGUUCGUCACGAAGCUGGUGAAGCACUUGGGGCUAUUGGCAGCAUUUCAUCUUUGGAAGUGUUGAACAAACACUGUUCAGAUCCAAUGGUUGAGGUAGCUGAGACCUGUCAGCUGGCAGUGCGGCGGCUGAAAUGGCUUCACCGACCCGAGAGUGAGCGCGAAAACCUGUCUGCGAAUCCGUACAUGUCAACGGACCCGGCGCCCCCUAACGAGAAUUGCGACGUGGCAGUCCAGCGGGCGAUACUCCUGGAUGAGAGCGUUCCGUUGUUUGAGCGAUACAGGGCCAUGUUUUCGCUGCGUAACGCAGGAGGAGAGGAAGCGGUGCUUGCGCUAGCAGAAGGUCUCGGCUGCGGCAGCGCCCUCUUCCGGCACGAGGUGGCCUACGUACUCGGACAGAUGCAGCAUGGCGCGGCGGCGCCACCGCUCGCGCGCGUGCUGCGCGACGCUGCCGAACACGCGAUGGUGCGACAUGAGUGUGCCGAGGCGCUGGGAGCGAUCGCGGGCGAUGGCGCCACGGGGGCGCUGCGAGCGCACGCUGACGACGCCGAGCGCGUCGUGCGCGAGAGCUGCCAGGUGGCGCUGGACAUGUGCGAGUACGAGAGCGGCGACCAGUUCCAGUACGCCGACUGUCUCGCGGAGGCGAAGGUCGCAGAGGCCACCAGCUGAAGGUCGCAGAGGUCACAAACUGGAGAUUGUGGAGGUCACAAGGUUAAUGUCGCGCUCACGAGCUGGAGGUCGUAGAGGUCGCAGAGGUCACGAGCUGGAGGUCGUAGAGGUCGCAGAGGUCACGAGCUGGAGGUCGUAGAUAUCGUGAUCUCAGGCCCGGGUUGGAAGAGCAUCAAGUUAACAUGUCGGCGUGAUGCUGGGACCUGGAUUGUCUCCGCGGGAUGCAGGUCCACCGACAUUAAUAUAUAUUAUCGGCGCGGCGUUGAAGUUUUUAGUAAAAUAAUGAUCGCAUCUGUUUUUGUGACUGCGCAAACCAUUAAGGAAUGUCUGAGAUUCUGUAUAGUCAGAAUAGUAUAUAAUCAGAAUAUAAUUUUCACGUUCAACAGAGAAAAAAUUGAUCAGUAGAAUGAAAAUAUAUGAUAAAAAUCAUUGUAUUGGACAUAUAUCAUAAAAACACGAACUCACACGUAAUAGACCUUACAUUCGUCACUAUGUAAACAGUUCACAAAUUGUCAGCAACCAGAUCGUGGGACAUGAAUAAGUAGGUACCACUGCAGUUAAGUACAGUACAGUUGUUUAAGAGUGGAAUGCAGUUCUUUACUGAUAUAUAUAGGUUAUCUGCCUUGGGAUUAAAGUUCAUAGCAAUAAAAUUUCUUUUGAAGAUUA